AUGUCAUCGCAUCACACAAGUCUGUUGAAGUUAAUUGAUUUAGCUAUUGGCUUCCCAAGCCCACUUUCUGUGAACUUGCACCUUCUCCAUAAAAUUCUUUAUAUCCUUGCUGUGCGAAAUAAAUCGCCUGAAGGUGACGAGAUUGAGAUUAGCCAUUUGAGUGAAAAUGUAGCUCAAGCACUGAUGGCAAGCGGCGAAAGAAGCGGUAGCCAGACACGUCUAAUGGUGCAACGAAUCCGAAACAGAUCCAGCGAGGAACAGAGACUCAAGAUCACAGGUUCACGAAUUGUCGUUCCCUGGGAGGAACAACAGUUGGCAGGGAAUGGAUCUCUAAAAAUCGAAUCCCGUUUGAGCGCCAUGUCCUCCGUCGUUUCUAACCUAGAGGAACGAAUGCAGGAGAUUUCCCAAAAACCAAACGAUGUACUGGAAGCUGAAAUACAAGAACUGGGCAAGCGUAUUGAAAAUCUGGAAACUCUUAUCGAACAACAAACUGCUAAGAUUUCAAUUAAGGACGAUGCACAACUCGAACCGGGAGAUGAGAAAAAUGAACUAACGAACCGAUGUGGUAUAGAGCAAAUGAGCAACGCUAUCGCAGCAUUACAAGAUCAAAUAAAUGAGCUCCAUGCUAUGGUCGAACAGAACAUAAUCAUCACACCUACGGCGGAAGGUGAGUUGCUUGACAUGCAGGAUGAGCAAGCCUCAAACGGUGUGUCUGAAGUAGUCGAUCCUGUUGAAGACGCAAGUGAAGCCAAAAUGAGGUCGUCCGAAGCGAAGAAAACUGGAAGGCCACCAAUAAAGGCAACUACAAAUCUAGCAGAAGUUCUUCGUGAAAUUCAAAAGCAACAGACGCAGUUCGAUGACUCGCUGAAAGCUUUCGCUAACCAGCUGGAUAUUUGUAGUGGGGAAAAUCAGCCGAAUUCCGCGCAAUGUGAACAGACCGUUGUAGUUGAUCAACUGACGGAACAAUUGGGAAAAAUCGAACAUACUUUUGCCGCUAAAAUUGAACAGCUGGAAAAUUCUAUUAAUCGUUUAUUCCAAGAAAAAGCGAACGAUUUGGAUAUUGAUUCCCGCGUUCGGCAGUCUAUCCGGUUGUCGAACGCAUCCUUAGCGGGUGUUCCGUCCAGUGGUCAGAUACAACAGCUACAACAGCUUAUCGACGAGAGAACGGAAGCGUUAUCAGAUCAAUUGCGGGCCAAUCAGGUCGAAGUGAAUGGUCUCCGCGAAGGGAUGGAGGCGAAAGCCAGUGUCGACUAUUUGUUGUCAGUGACGAGUGCAAUUAAUGAACAGGUUAAACAGUUGCACCACGAGUGGCAGACAGCGCGCAGAAUGGCUCGGGCGAAUGAGGAACGGGCUGCAGGUACAAAGUGCAAGGCGGUACAGAAUGUGCUUUGUAUUUCAUGCAAUCGCGAAGUUGCGAUGGAACGUUGCGAUGAAGUGGUUCCCAAACCACUCGGAUUAGGUGCCGGCCGUUUGUUGAAGCCUAGUCUGCAUCGUCAGCUGCAUGAGAUACGAAAAAAUUUGGAUUAUAAUGUUGGGACUGGAAACAUGGCCAGGAACAUGGAUACUUUCGAGAAAGUGUAUCGCUCGCUGGUAGACAAAAAAAUUAAACGCAUGAAAUGAGUGCUCUUUUUGA